CCUUUCAAUUUAUAUUCUCUCAUUUUUACCUCUCUGCUCUGCAAUUUGUUCUUCUGCAAUUUCCUGGCUUAAUUGGCGGUGCUUGCGGAGGAAGAUUUUUUACUGCAAUUUUUGCUUGAUUAUUUUGUUUGUUACGUUAAUUUAUUGGAGAUAUCGCAUUUGAUUUUGCUGUGUUUGGUGUUUGAUCGGAGAAAAUGGCGUAUGAUAAUUUGAUUACGGCGGAGCAACCGUGGUCAUUCCACAGUGCAUUUUCCGACGGUUGGAUUUCCGAUAACUUCGCUAGAGAAACCGACGUUCUCACGAAGGCUCUACAGGAGUCGCUUGGCGCUGAUUCCUCCGACAUCGACGCAUUUUCUGAAAUGGCGGAGCCAAUUUUCGCGAAACCGGAGGUACCGCCGAUUCAGACUCCGACUGAUUCCGGUGCAUCGGAGAAGGAAACCGUCGCUGUCUCGAAGCAGCGCCGCAGCGCACCUCCGAGCGGUAGAGUCGCCAAGCGCAAGUCUCGACCGUCGAAGCGUUCAACUACGACGUUUUUCGCCGUGGAUCCGGAGAACUUCCGGCAGAUGGUGCAGCAGAUGACCGGCGUGAAGUUCGGCGGCGGUUUGUACGGACAGCCGCCGAUGGCGCCGGUGCUGAAGCCUGAGGCGCAUAGAGCAGUCAGGGGAUUUCAGCAGGGUAGCGUGCUCGAUACGUCGACGUUUUUUCUGGACGGCUUGGCUUCAUCGGCGGUGGAGCAACCGCUGCCUCAGUUCGUCGCGGUGGCUGACGGCGGCGCCACCGCCGCGGCGAUUGAUUUCCCGAACUUCUAUAGCUUUCCGACGCUGGAAAGUUACGUAUUAGGGAGUCAUUCGUAAUUUCACAGCACUUCAGUUGAUUUCGUGGUGAUCGUUAGGGGCAAAAUGGGAAAUUCAAUGAGAUUGAGCGUGGCAUGCUACGACGGCGUGAUAUUGUUCCUUUAUAAUUUAGAGUUAUUACUGCUUUUCUUUAUUUUUAUUUAUUUUGUAUAUAAUUAUUGUAGUUAAUUUAUAUUAUCAGGUAUUAUAAUAAGGGGCUACUCUUUCUCUUUUA